UCUUUUCCAUUUUAAAGCUUCAGAGGAACGGAGAGAAAAUCGCUUAAUUUCUCGCAAAACUCUCUCAAAAAUUGUAAAUGAGAAACUCUGGAAACGUGCAGGUGCUUGCUGAUUCUGCAGCCAUGUUGUUUACGAUCAAAGAAGCGAGACGAUGGCUGGGAAUGACGGUUUUUGAGAUGUGGAUCAACGCAGUGAGUUUGCUCGUCUUCUCCGUGGUGCUGGCGCUGAAGGGUGAGGGGAUAAUCAACGCUUCCUGGUGGGUCGUCUUCCUGCCGCUUUUCAUUGCAACCGGACUGAAUGCAUACUUCUCAAUAAUCGUCUUCGUCAGACUCUAUGUAGAGGAUCUGUACCGCUCAGGCAUCAUGCGGAUACUGUGGAGUGGGCUUGUUUUAGCGCUCAUAUUUGUGUUCGAGUUGUUGCUCUGCAAAAGGCUGGAGAAUGAAACAACGGUAUCAUCGAGUUUGGUCAUGUCGCCGUUGUUUGUGAUGAUUCAUGUUCUUUUAAUUAGAGCGUGUCAGGUGUCAUGAGAAUUUAUAUAAAUAAUGUAGACUCAAUUUAUUAGACUACAUAGAACAUGUACAAACUGAACAAUUAUCAUAUAAAGUACUAACUUGAGCUGAGUCUACAGACAGUACACAAUCGAGUCACGUAGUCUUCUGGAAAUCAAAUUCAAGUCAAUCUACACUACAAUUCUACAUUCGCAUACAGUGCGGACUUUCUUUUUCUUCUCUUUUUUAAAAACAGAUAUUGAAAUGGAGCUGGUCUUCAUCAUCAUAAAGUCAAUUGUCAAUUUUCAUACCACUGUGUCUGAAAUAAAGCUCAAGUGAAACGUACGGUAAGAGGAAAUACUCGUUAGUUUGGGUCUUUGCAGCUCUUUCCUAUGCCAUGGAUGGACUUGAUGUCACAAAAUGCACCGCCUUGUAUUCUGAGACAGCGCAGAGCUCUUAUUAAUCUGCAAGAUCUUCGGAGUGAAGGAGGCCAGGCUCCCCUUUCUCAAAACCAACGACAAGUCAGUCGUAACUUUAUCCGCCAACUACGGAGAUGUCUGUGAUGUUCCUAAACUGUUUCACAAAGAGCUUACUACAUUUUGUUUCACAAAAAGCUUACUACAUUUUUUGUAGCUAGACAUCUCGUGAAAUCAAUACUAUCGACGAGAAGAGGAGCCAAGACACAGCCUUCGUCGCAAUUCAACCAGAUUUAAAAAAGGGAAAGUUUAGGAAAACUACAAUUAUUUAAAUGAAUUACCAUGGAAUAAGAGAUGCAAUAUACUUCAAAAUUUGUGUAGAUUAUACCAUAGAAUUACUUGUAAAUAUAUUUGUGAGUAUUUCAUUUCAUGACAAGUAGCAGACAAGUAUUGAAGUAAUACUAACGCUCAUUUAGUCGAGAAGUUACUGUAGACUUAUGACGGUUUCAAGAAACGGGCCCCAAGUGAACA